CUGAGGAAUUGUAGUAAAAUUAUAGACCUUCCAAACCCAGUUGCGCACGGAGUUCGGGUGUUUAGGAUAUAUUUUAACCCUGACGGGAUGCACGGAGGAUGUUCAUACAUCGAGAAAAAGAGGGGAUGCGGUAUGACACCAUUAUACUCACUGGUUGUUCCUUACAGUAAUACUUCUACAUUGCCUCCAAGAAAAUUUAACAAAAACCUCAACAUCAUCAUCAUUUUCAGUGUUAUAAUAUUUGCAGUCGGAAUCGGAAUUCUUCUCAUUUUUAUAAAACGAAAACAGUCAAGGCCACCAUCAACGUCAAUUAUGGAUAUUGCUCUUAUUGGCCUCUCGGAAAAUAGUCUGAACAUUGCUACUGAACCAUUUCUUAACACCGAUUUAGAAAUUUUACAACAACAGCUUGGUAACCGAUUCAAUUUGACAAUUGUGGAUUCACAAAAUGCAGAAAAUAAUUACAGAAACGAUUCAGAUGUUGAUUAUCUAAUAGAUUCUAAUCAAGCGUUUAUAAUUGUACCGAGUGAUCGAAUGGUGAAAGAGGUCGUUUAUCCAGAUGAACAAGUGGUUGUCAAGAUUUUAAAUUUUCUACAAUCUCGGAGGGAUCGUUGUGUGUUUGCCUGUUUAACCAAUGAUAAGCAAACUCUUCAACGAAUUCAAGAUAAAUACACUCAUUUUUGUCGUAUAAAAGUAUUUAUGUUAUAUAAUCCUCAAAAUGUAAAUGCAUUCUCAAAUGAAAAACUGAAUAAACUUGUUCGUUAUCUAAAAGAGAAAAUGACUCAUUCAAAUCGUCUAAACAACACAGUAGAGCCAUAACUAGUGUUGUAAGAAUAAAGGAUAAUAGCAAAGAAGAGCAAAUGUAGACCUCUAGAGCAUCAGAGGUUUCAUCAUGUCACAUCUCCGAUCACGUUCGCAAUGUGCUACCUGUCAUAAUCAGAUAAAUAGAAAAACCAAACAAUUAAAAGUGAAAAUAUAUUUAUUACAAUUUGUAUGAAAAGUUUUGUCAACAUUCAACAUAACAAUUUUAUUGAAUCAUUAUUUGAAAUGUCCACAUGAUAUCUACUUAAUAAAAAAUAAGUUUUUAUUCUGAGAACUUUGU